AUGCAGCUCUUAGAGCGGGUCAUGCUAAAACCCAUUGCAGUUCCUGCUCUCAACAAGUGGACCAAAGUAGCUCCCUGCGUGCGUCACGUGUCCUUGCUGCAAAACUUUUGCCAGCUUGCGCCGAAAGCCUUUGAGGCAGCAUUCCAGACUGCUGGCAUGGUCGCAGACCAGGUUUCUUCAGAGGACGAAGGCGAGCAAGUGGGUGCACCUGUCAACGAGACCAAGGUUUGGAGAAAGCUUGCCAAGCUGCGCCUUUGCAAGGCAGGUUUUUUCUUGCAGGAUGAAACGGCUAGAUGGUCCACGUGUGUUUGGAUGGUACUCAGUGCGCCUGUGAUGAGAAUUCACUAUUCGCUUUUCAAGCAUGCGACCUGGCACACCCACAGGAAACAGGACCUGGAGGCACAGGCAGCGGAUGCACUUGAUGCGUUCACGACUGUUUGUUUUUGCAAAGCAGCCGAAAACCCUGCCAAGAAAGCUUUGGAAAAUUUGGGUGUCUUGAACAAGCACAACAGGCGACCUGCAUGGGUGAUGCCAGCCAACACAGUUGUCAAUGGCUGGAACUUAUUUCAGCAAGAUUUGAUCGCUCGCAAUCCAGCUUUGCAGGCUUUGUCGCUAGCAGAGAUGGCUGCAGCCACGAAGACGGAGUGGUCUAAGCUGUCCAGAGACCAAAAAAAGCAUUGGGGCGCUUUGGCCCGGGCUCAGAACUUGGAUUCCGUGGAUGACGCGGCUUCAAGCCAAGUUCCCGAGCAGACCGGUGGGCCUUGGAACGCUGCCUCGAGCCACGGCUUUCCUUUGGCUAGGCAUCUCAUUGCAGACAAGUGCCACGAGGCCACCAAGGUUGGUACUGCAUUUCGGAAGGCACACAAUGUGCUGCAACCUGAAGGUGCUGACAGCAUGUCUGGUGAGCCAGACCCGCAGUGGCCUUUGCUUGCCCCCUGCCCGGUCGAUGCGUGUGAGCAUUGCCUACCUGAGGCAAGCAGGCCCACCAUGAGCCGUCUUUUGGACUUGUUCUGGAAAGUGAUUCUGAAGCAGGCUCCAAGCCUCAAGGCCACAGGGUCUGAACCUUUGGUUGUGUCGUUUCAUUCGCCGAGCACCCGAAGAAUUCACGAUGUGGCCGUGAUGUUCCACACGUUGCGGGCUCCACAUCAAGCGGCUCUUUUGGUUCUCCAUAGAGAAGAGUCCCCAGAACUGAUGGCAGAUGGCAUUUUGGCCAGCUUGCACGCUAGCCCUUUGGGCAGGUUCAGGGGACAGCUUGACAUUUUAAGCGAAAGCAUGCUCUUGGCAAAAAUGGCCACAGAGGCGCAAGAUUGGGAGAUGCGGAUUGCCAGGCUUGGGCGGGGUCAGUUGCUAAGCCGCUUUGAUGUUAUUGGUGAGUCAGCAAUUGACGAAGAUGAGUACCUGGAUUCGAGGCGAUCGCGUGAACAAAUGGAAGCCAACGCGGCUUUGGCUGCAUUCGCUUUGGCACACCCGGCUGAGCAGCCUAAACGCACAAGUGCAAAAAAGCCUGGCCAAGGCCCGGCCCAGAGACCCAAGACACAAGCACAAAACUCUUUGCAACAGGAGAAGAAGCUCCAGGGAAUCAUUCCAUUUCUCUCGGAUUCGGAGUCUUCUCACGCGGAAGACUUUGGAGCUGAAAAGGCCAAGGCCAAGGCGGCCACGGCAGCAAGCUUGGCAGUUGACGAAGCCGAGGUUUGGCUUGGAAGCGGCUGCGAAGAGGUUGCAGCCCCAGAGCCAGCAGGCAACGCAGCGGCUUCAAGCCGGGAUCCUGCCACCCAAAGAGGAACGGUCCAACAUCGCGCCACAACUUGGGGCUGUUUUACAAUUGGGCGGCACACAUCCAAGUUUUUUGGAGACGGUUGGGUCGCAACCUGCGGCAUGCAUCACAACUCAGACGACAAGACUGGCGUGGUGUGCAGAAAGGUGCUUCCUGUGCAGAACCUGACUGAGGCGGAAUGCAAGCUUCGCUUGAAGCGCUGGCUUGUAGCCGGGUUGGAUGAAGCCAGCAUGGGGGGCAGUAAAGCCAGGUCUUUGCACCUUGCCAAAGGCGGCCCAAGGUUGAACCACUUUGCCACAGGCCUUCCCGAAGAGGAGCUUGACAAGCGCGUGGGGGCAUGA